ACGAUAGCUGUGGGUGGCAGGCAUCCAAAGAAAUAUUCAAGUUUCCUACAAACUAUUAGCGUCAACGUGUGGAAAACGAAAUCAUUGUUUACCAGCGUUGUUUUGGUUUUUCGAGCGACGUGUAUUUGCUUCUAGACAUCAAGGAAUUUGAACGAAUUUGCUUUAAAAUAUAAUUAUCAAGUGCUGUCGAGAAGAAUUAAUUACUUGUUCGAUGACAGCAAACGGCGCCCUCUGACACAGACAUAGGAAGUCGAAGUGUAAGUCGAUGCUUCGAGUUUUUUCUUGAAUUCCCGCCAUAGAUUUUAGAAUGCGGGAAAGUUGAAUAUUGGUUUGAACGAAAACACAGGACCGUUUAGGAUGGCUGGCGAAAGAGCGAUAAACAGGAGUCCCUUACCACUGAUUGUUACCAUUGCUCCUGGUGAUCGGGAAUAUCCUCGUACGAAGACAGAAUGCAACCAUUGUGGGGGUGAGGUACCAAACCUCCGAGAAAUAAUGCAUAAGCACAACUAUGAUAAACCACCAAACACUUCGUCAACAUCUGAGAGCUCAAAUAAUACGUUUCGGCCAUCAGCGUGUGCCUGCAGUCAUGAUGACCGUACUCACGCUAAUACUCACCAUUCACAGCACUUCAGUAGAGAGCAAGAAAGAGACAGUAGUCUUCGUCAUGUGCACCACGCGUGCAGUCAACCUACCUCAGAUCACCAAUGCUGCUCUGAUCAUUCCCUUAGCUGCAGUAGCCGUUCUAACACAGAUAAACGUCAUCACCAUUUUCAUCGUUCAGCGAUACCACCGCCUCCAUUGUUGCUAAGACCCAGUAGUGGCUCGGACUUAACCAAUCAGCAUCAAAUUCUUCUCGCAAGAGAUUGGCAAUCAAUCCACGGUCAAAGAUUCGAUCUACCUGUUCUCAAUGGCGUCGGUUAUGCAGUUUAUGGAUGUCAGCAUCCUCUUUAUCGUCAUGGUAUUUGCCAAUGGCCGGGAUGUGAUGCAUUCUGCGACAACUUUCAACUUUUCAUACAUCAUCUUAACACUGAGCACCCGCUGGACGAUAGAAGCACGGCGCAAGCGAGGGUUCAAAUGCAAGUGGUUUCGCAUUUAGAGGGACAGUUAAACCGUGAAAGAGAUAGAUUGUCGGCCAUGAUGAAACAUCUGCAUACACAAAAGAAUACUGUUCAGAGUACCCCGCCUCCCAAGAGUUCAGAGUCCCCACCUGUUCAAUCCAUCUCGUCAACUAGACUAAGGAAAGAGACACCAAAGGAAACCUCGUCCGUUGAUCUCAUUCCUCAAGGCCCACCGAACGUCAUAGUCUGUCGGGAAACGUCAGUGAUAUCGUCCUCAAUCCCUGUCAGCAAAUCGCAGUCAAACACAAGCAAGGCCGUCGAAAAAAACGAAAAAUUGGAAGAGGAAACAAACUGCAAAAAGAGCAAAGAGAUAUCUAGUUCAGGUCGUGGUACUUACAAAAGAUCAUCACAAGGCUCUCCUGUAUCUCUUGCUCAAGAUAUGCAACAAUCUGCUGAUUUCUAUCAAAAGACAGACGUUCGUCCUCCGUUCACUUACGCAUCUUUAAUUCGCCAGUCCAUCCUCGACGCCCCUGAUGAACAGCUCACUCUUAAUGAAAUAUAUAAUUGGUUUACGGACAACUUCGCAUACUUCCGCCGCAAUACUGCUACAUGGAAGAAUGCUGUACGUCACAAUCUCUCGCUUCAUAAAUGUUUUGUGCGCAAGGAGAACGUAAAAGGAGCCGUAUGGACAGUCGACGAGAAUGAAUAUAAGAAAAGAAGGCCACAGAAAGCCUUGAGCAACCAAGUGAAACAUGACGCUACAGAGAAAAGAACUUCGUCGGUGUCAUUUCACGAGCCGCGUAUAUCCGACAUGCCGACCCAGGCCUCUUUUGAGGUAGCAACGCACACUGUGAUUCAAGUGCCUGAAUUUCCUGAGCUGAACUCGGAAGAAUUGGACUUCAAGGAUGCCGAAGAUGAUUCAGAAGAACCGCCGAUCAAACGAGCUCAUGGCGAAGUAGUUACUGUAAAUAACUCGUCGGGAAUAUCAAAACUUGUCGAAUUUUGCUCAAAGGAUAUAAACAGUCAACUGUCAAACAGCAACGUUCAAGUAAAACUUGAACCUCCAGACGAAGGUGAACUUGAAAUAUCAGAAAUGACCUAAAAGCAAUGUGUUCACAGGCAUAUUGGGAAAAUUACUGUCGUCGUGGUAAGAGAUUCAUGCCACAGUUAAAUCAUAUUGAAACGAACAUGUUAUUAUAAAAAAUAUGUCGUUUCCAUUGUUCAUUAUUUAUUAAUUCACUGUUUCGUUUGGCGCACUGACCGAUAAACGUUCGUAAACUAGAAUGUAGAUUUAUAGAUGUUGUAACAUACAGUGUAACAUAUAGAUUUAUUGCAGAGAUAAACAAAAUUAAUGUAUUUUGAACGAAUAUUAUAUUUUCCUUGCUAGCUUUGUCAUCGAAACUUAAAACUUUAAUAAUUUAACUAUGCAAUUAUAUGAGAUGAUGUUAUCAGUGCUGCCCAACAAUGAAACUUAUCUCGCUUCAUGUUGCAAUUAAAUCAUAUUGAAACGAACAUGUUUAUUAUAAAAAAAUAUGUCAUUUCCGUUGUUCAUUAUGUAUUAAUUCACUGUUUCGUUUGGUGACUUGACCGAUAAACGUUCGUAAACUGGAAUGUAGAUGUAUACAUGUUGUAACAUACAGUGUAACAUAUAGAUUUAUUGCAGAGAUAAACAAAAUUAAUGUAUUUUGAACGAAUAUUAUAUUUGCCUUUUAUACGAGCCUUAUAACUUGGUGAGGUGAGUGUAAAGGUUUUUAGAACGCGUGA